AUGGCUCCGAAAAAGAAAGUAGAUGCAACCUCAGGCUCAUCCAGUAACAAUAACCAAUCAUCAACAACACAAAAUUAUACCAAUAUUCCAAAGUCAAUUGCCACCAAUUCAACAAGCUUUCCACUCUCGAUUAGGCUCACAAUAUUCGCAAAACCAAAUAGCUCUACAAGUCAAAUUGCAACGAUCAAUGAUGAAGAGAUCGGAGUACAAAUUGCAGCACCACCAAAAGAAGGAGAGGCCAAUAAGGAAUUAUGCGAAUAUAUUGCUGGAGUUUUGGGCCUCUCAAAAUCAAAAGUAUCACUUGAUAAAGGUGGAAAGUCGAAACAUAAAAUUUUACUUGUGGAAAUUGAUAAGGACUCUGCAAAAUCAUUAUGUCCGAAAGGAAAAGAAAAACAACCCAUGGAUGUGACUAUUGUUCUGGAGGGAGUUUAUGAAAAAUUGAGAAACGAAAUUUAA